CGGCCCUGAAGGGCGCCCAUGGAGCCGGGCUUGCCGGCUCGAGAGACAGCAAUGGCGCCGCUGCUGGAGUAUGAGCGGCAGCUGGUGCUGGAACUACUGGAGGCGGACGGGCUGGUAGUGUGCGCCCGCGGGCUCGGCGCGGACCGGCUCCUCUACCACUUCCUCCGGCUGCACUGCCACCCGGCGUGCCUGGUGCUGGUGCUCAACACGCAGCCGGCCGAGGAGGAGUAUUUUAUCAAUCAGCUGAAGAUAGAAGGAGUUGAACAUCUCCCUCGCCGUGUAACAAAUGAAAUCACAAGUAGCAAUCGCUAUGAGGUGUACACACAAGGCGGUGUGAUAUUUGCAACAAGUCGAAUACUUGUGGUUGAUUUCUUGACUGACAGAAUACCUUCAGAUUUAAUUACCGGCAUCUUGGUGUAUAGAGCUCACAGAAUAAUCGAGUCUUGUCAAGAAGCAUUCAUCUUGCGCCUCUUCCGACAGAAAAACAAACGUGGUUUUAUUAAAGCUUUCACAGACAACGCUAUUGCCUUUGACACCGGCUUUUGUCAUGUGGAGAGAGUGAUGAGAAAUCUUUUCGUAAGGAAGCUGUAUCUGUGGCCAAGGUUCCAUGUAGCAGUAAACUCAUUUUUAGAACAGCAUAAACCCGAAGUCGUAGAAAUUCAUGUUUCUAUGACACCUGCCAUGCUUGCUAUACAGACUGCUAUUCUGGACAUUCUAAAUGCAUGUCUAAAGGAACUAAAAUGCCAUAACCCGUCGCUUGAAGUUGAAGAUUUAUCUUUAGAAAAUGCUAUUGGAAAACCUUUUGACAAGACAAUCCGCCAUUAUCUGGAUCCUUUGUGGCACCAGCUUGGAGCCAAGACUAAAUCCUUGGUUCAGGAUUUGAAGAUAUUACGAACUUUGCUGCAAUAUCUUUCUCAGUAUGAUUGCAUCACAUUUCUUAAUCUUCUGGAAUCUCUCAGAGCAACAGAGAAGGCAUUUGGUCAGAAUUCAGGUUGGCUGUUUCUUGACUCCAGCACCUCAAUGUUUGUAAAUGCUCGAGCAAGGGUUUAUCAUGUUCCAGAUGCCAAAAUGAGUAAAAAAGGCAAACUGCCUGAAAAACUGGAGAUUAAAGAAGAGCAAGAAACAAGAAAGGAACUGGUCCUAGAAAGCAACCCAAAAUGGGAAGCACUCUCGGAAGUAUUGAAAGAAAUUGAGGCAGAGAAUACGGAGAGUGAAGCCCUUGGUGGUCCAGGACACGUUCUCAUUUGCGCAAGUGAUGACAGGACCUGUUCCCAGCUGCGAGAGUACAUCUCUGUCGGAGCAGAGACCUUCUUGUUGAGGCUCUACAGGAAAACCUUUGAGAAGGACAGCAAAGCCGAAGACGUGUGGAUGAGGUUUAGGAAGGAGGAUGGCUCAAAGAGAAUUAUGAAAUCCAACAAAAGGCCCAAAGGCCUCCGAAACAAAGACAGGGCUUCUGCCAAAGAGAGGGCUCUCAAAAAGAAGAAACCAAGGCUGACUUUAACUCAGAUGAUGGAACAAUCUGAAGAACUGGAGGAGGAGGGGGCUGUCGAGGAGGGCUGUACGAGAGACCUAAGCAGUAGCCCUGAAAGCUGCUUAGAAGAAAUUAAGCACGAGGAGUUUGACUUAAACGUGUCCUCUGAUGCCGCGUACGGAAUCAUGAAAGACCCCCUCACCAUUAUCCACCCACUCCUGGGCUGCAGCGACCCCUACGCUCUGACACGGGUGCUCCACGAGGUGGAGCCAAGAUACGUGGUCCUGUACGACGCAGAGCUGACCUUCGUGCGUCAGCUUGAAAUUUACAGGGCAAGUCGGCCCGGGAAACCCCUGAGGGUUUACUUUCUUAUAUACGGAGGUUCAACCGAGGAACAACGCUAUCUCACUGCUUUGCGGAAAGAAAAGGAAGCUUUUGAAAAACUCAUAAGGGAAAAGGCUAGCAUGGUUGUCCCUGAAGAAAGAGAAGGAAGAGACGAAACGAACCUCGACCUCGUAAGAGGCUGUGUAUCUGCAGGUGCUCCCACCGACACACGCAAAGCCGGCGGCCAGGAACAGAAUGGUACCCAGCAAAGUAUCGUUGUGGACAUGCGCGAGUUUCGAAGCGAACUCCCAUCUCUGAUCCACCGUCGGGGCAUUGACAUUGAGCCAGUGACCUUAGAAGUCGGAGACUACGUGCUGACUCCAGAAAUGUGCGUGGAGCGCAAGAGCAUCAGUGAUUUGAUCGGCUCUUUGAACAACGGCCGCCUCUACAGCCAGUGCGUCUCCAUGUCCCGCUACUACAAGCGGCCGGUGCUUCUGAUAGAGUUCGACCCCACUAAGCCCUUCUCUCUCGUGUCCCGAGGCGCCUUCCAUCAGGAGAUCUCCGGCGGCGACAUCAGCUCCAAGCUCACGCUCCUCACGCUGCACUUCCCCAGGCUCCGCGUCCUCUGGUGCCCCUCCCCGCACGCCACCGCGGAGCUGUUUGAGGCGCUGAAGCAGAACAAGCCACAGCCGGACGCGGCGACGGCCAUGGCCGUGACAGCCGAUUCCGAGACCCUCCCCGAGGCAGAGAAGUAUAAUCCCGGUCCCCAGGACUUCUUGUUAAAAAUGCCAGGGGUAAAUGCCAAAAACUGUCGCUCCCUGAUGACCAACAUUAAGAACAUCGCCGAAUUAGCAAGCCUGUCCCUCGACAAGCUGGUGCUCCUGCUGGGGAACGUGGCAAAUGCCAGGCAGCUCUAUGACUUCAUUCACACCUCCUACGCAGAGGUCAUCUCCAAAAGGAAAAUGGAAAAAUGAACAGUGGUGCCUGUUUUCUUAUUCCGUGAAUGUGCUUCUCAGCUGCUCCUUGCCUGCCCUCACAGGUCUUUAUUAAUUAUUAGCCCAGUAGCUCAUUCUCUGCCAGUCUUUGAAUGAUUAGGCUGUUUCCUGGGUCAGGGGGCCAGAGGCCAAGACUGGGCUCUGAACUUUGCGUUCAGGAAUCAUUUUUACUUCCCACGCCUGCUCUCCUCCUUCCCUGCACCAUCCAUGCCAGGUCUAGUACGUUCCAUUUUUACAUGAGGUGUUGUCAGGAUCAGGGAAAGUGUCUGCAGGUGUUUAUAGAAGGCCAUUUCUGAAACAUGCAAAAACUUAGAUUUCCUCCACAGACUGAAAACGCACCAUCGUGCUCUUACACUCUGUCUACAGAGGGGCUCCCAGGACAAGAAGGGAACAUCUCUGCCAUUCCCGACCUGUUCUCCCCUCCAGGUUUUCCUCAGCUGCGUGCUUCUCCCACCUGUCUGCCUCUGGGAUACAUUCGUGGGGACUUCCGACUGCUAACUGAAGAAAGGCAGCCACCCUAAGCCCGGCCGACCGGUCUUCUGAUCACCUGGAGAUGUGUAGCACGUACUAUAGCUGGAUUGUUCAAAACAUAAAAUGAAUUACCUAUUUACAGAAUUGGAUGACGUGGGUGAAGGAGCCCUGAAAAUGCUCAGUUUUUAUAGCUAUUUAUCCUCCUAAGUCCCAGCAGAGUCUCUUAGACUUCCUCCUUCCCAGCCUCUCCUCCCCUGUCCUGGGACCCCCAGCUCGGGUCCUCUCCCGGGUCUCCGCCCCCCACAUCCCUGUGCCAGAGCAGCCUCCUGCGCCUCUGUGUGGGGACUGCCACGCAAGCAAAGGGGGGACCCACAGCGUUUAAGAUUUGAUUUUCCUUCCUUGAGUCAGAAGGGUUGUAAGGAGAUGGAAGGUCAAUGCAUAGAAUAUAUAAAAAUCCUAAAUAAAUAUUUAUAUAUUUUAAAAUCCAUAAAGAAAACAGUCUCAUUCCAAACCUACUUCUGGUCCUUACUGAAGUAUACGUACAGGACAUUCACAGCAUCUUUGUGCAGUUUUUAAACUUUUAUAUUGAAACAUUAUGAACUUAGGUAUGAUUCACAUGUUUAGUGAUGAGUAGUAAGUUUUCUACCUCAAGAGCUGCUGUAGACAUCAGUUCCGCUGGCCGCAUCACAUAGGGUCACGUUUUGUCGGCCGUGUUUUUAUUUGUUACACUGUUGGAACUCGGAGUCGACAGUGGACCAUGUAACGCGAAGUGGUCUUCAACUUUAACAGAAGUCUUUCAACUGUCAUCUCCAAACCAAACCUUUCAUCUUGAUUUCUUGGUAUGUCGACAUAUGUUGAAGUGUAUGGAUUUUCAACUCUAUACAAGGAUACCACAAGAAUGAAUUAAGGGGUAUCCAGGAACCAUAUUUCUUAUCAUCUAACUCUCUAGAGUGAUUUGGAGAGGAGAGAAGAAGACAAGAAACAAAAAUUAGUUUAAGGCAGAAUAAAGAUUUGGGCUACUAAUUUUGUCCCAGGGUUAAAAAUAUACCCUUGAGAAUAGGAAAACGAAAAUGUCAGGCACAUAUGUUAACUUUCACUUUUGUAUGCAUUUCUUUAUUUAAGCAUUCAGUCAUAGUUGAAAGUACAUUAAAAUAGAUACCACCUCAAAUAGUAAUGGUUAUUAUAAUUUUGCUUCACUCUAUCCUAGCACUUCUGCUUGAGAAAUGUAAUUUCUGUUUUUUUCUCCUGGUAUAAUUCCACCUGCCUUUUAUUGUUCUUUCAUUACUUAAAAGGAAAAUCCAAACAGAGCACAUUCUUUGAUAAGGGUUUCACUCCAAGUUAAGUUUUCAAAAAUAAGCUCUCAAAGCUACCAUUUUAAAUAGUCCUUGUUAUCUGCUACAACAUAGAAAACAGUCUUAGUUGUAUUUAGAGAGCCAGUGUCUUCUGGCUCCCAAAUUCUGUUAUUUGCUGUUGUACCUACUAGACAUCUUAAGACAGUGCACCAGCUCAUGUGUGUUUGAAUUAUGAACGAUAGUGUCUAAUGAACUCUAAAAUGGUCAUUAUAGUUGAAAGGCUCUCACUGCCACUUCCUCUCCCAACGAAAUAAAUAUAUUUUAGUGUCUCCAGUUGUGGAAAGCCUUCAAUACAACCAUCAUGUAUGUACUUUUGCCAGAUUCUUUUACAAUUUUUACAAUCUAAGAAUCUUUGGCAAAGAACUAGAAAUGCAUGCAGUUGCAAAAAACUAUAUCACUUUAUUUUCUAGCAUCAUUUUAUUAACUUUGCCUUUUUCUUUCAAAAUCACGAACAUCCAGUUUACUUAUGAACUCAUG